AUGUUUACCCCAGAGCAACAAGAAGCUCAAUCUGUUCACAGCAAGAGUAAAUCGUCAUCUGCCAAUGGCACGGACAGCGAAGCUAGCGCGCCGGUCGAUUUAUCCGCCGCGCUUGAAAAAAAAGAGACCGAGCGCUCCGACGGAAAGUGCGAGCUAAAGGAAGGAGAUUGCUAUGAGAUCCUGGGAUACUGCUGGCCACGAUGGAAGAAAUGGACCUAUCUGGCCGCUGUAGCCUGCGUUCAGGUUUCUAUGAACUUCAACACCUCUGUCUACCCUGCUGCUGUUAAAGGUCUGUCCGAGGCUUUCCACAUCAGCGAACAACACGCUCGCACAGGCCAAAUGGCUUACCUGGUUACUUAUUCUAUUGGGUGCGAGCUGUGGGCUCCUUGGUCUGAGGAAUUCGGCCGCUGGCCUAUCCUCCAGCUCUCCAUGUUCUUGAUCAACAUUUGGCAACUGCCUGCAGCCCUUGCGCCAAACUGGGGCAGUCUUGUUGUUGCUCGUGCAUUGGGUGGUCUUUCUACUGCUGGUGGUAGUGUCACUCUCGGUCUUAUCGCCGAUAUCUACGAGCCCGAAACACAACAAUUCCCUCUCGCAUUCAUCGUUUUGUCCUCUUGUAUCGGUACCAGUAUUGGUGGUGUCAUUGGAGGACCAAUUGCGCGAUGUAUGCAAACCACUCUUUUUCCACCGUGUACUGGUUUGAGACAUAUUGCUAACGCCUAUAUUUUAUAUUUAGUCCUUGAUUGGCAAUGGUUCUUCUGGAUUCAACUCAUCUUCGGAGGAGUCACCCAGCUCAUCAUCUUCUUCAUGCCCGAAAGUCGUUCGACCAUUAUCAUGGACAACGAAGCCAAGCGCCGCCGCAAAACCGGAGAAGACCCGAAUAUCUACGGACCAAAUGAGCUCAAGAAGCCCCGUGUCUCCCUCAAGGAAGCCGGCAGGAUCUGGGCGCGUCCAUUCUACAUGCUUCUGCGCGAGCCCAUCGUCCUCUGUCUCUCUCUUCUCUCCGGUUUCUCCGAUGCUCUGAUUUUCACCUUCCUGGAGAGCUUUGCCAUUGUGUACGAGCAAGGAUGGGGCUUUGGUACCCUCGCCCAAGCGUGGGCAGUUAUUCCCAUCAACGCCGCCUACUUCAUUGCCUACUUCAGUUACUUCCCGUGGUUCAUUCGCGAUCAGAAGCUUCGACUCAGACAUGGCGAUGCUGCCAUCCCGCCCGAGCGCCGUCUCAAGUGGCUUCUUUUCCUCGCGCCGCUCGAACCCAUCGGUCUAUUCGGUUUCGCCUGGACAUCCUUCGGCGAUUCGAGGAACGUCCACUGGAUCGGAUCCAUGAUUUUCUCCGGCUGUGUCGGUAUCGCCAACUUUGCUAUCUACCUAUCCUCUGUUGAUUACAUGGUCGCUUCCUAUGGUGUCUAUUCUGCUUCCGCGACUGGUGGUAAUGCUUUCGCGCGUGAUCUUCUCGCUGGUAUCUCGGCCAUGUACGCGGCGCCUAUGUACAAAAAUAUCGGCAACAAGUGGCAUGUCGAGUAUGCAAGCACUAUUCUGGCUUGUCUUUCCUGCCUGGUUGUGACUCCUAUCUAUGUUUUCUACUGGAAAGGACCGCAGAUUCGCGCGAAGAGUAAGUUCGCCUCUACGCUUGCUGCGGACAGAGAGAAGAACAACGGUCGGCGUGUCAGCAGGAUCAGUCAGGAGCCUGGGUAUUGA